AUGACAAUCAUUGACAUAAUCAUAAAUAAUUUAGGUAUUCAUAAAAUAUUAUUUCAUUUGUGUAGAAAGGAUGAAAUUCAUUAGUGUGACUUUAAAUCAAGUAAUUUAUUUGAUAUAUUGGGAAAAGAAGAUGAUAUUAAUAAAGUCUUAUUUCUAAGGUCCUUAUCGAAAUAGAUAAUAUUUUAUAUAUGAAUAAUUCUAUGUUAUUUAUUGUAAGUUCUUGGAAUUAGAUGAUGAUCAUGAUUUCUAUAUUAGCAAGAGAGAUGUUUCUUAUUUUUCCUUCCAGCCAUUAUUUAAGUCAUAAAUUAAUUGA